CUUUUUGAUAUAUAUGUACAUGCUGUUGAGGCACCGUAUGGAAGCAUCAAGGGGAUCACAGUAACUGAUAAGGGUGCCUUGGUGAGGGUGAUUCUGAGCAGGAAAAAAGCUGCCGUAGACAUGGAAGAGAUUCAAAUUUCAGAGAAUUUUCAAGAAGAAAUUUGGGGUGGAAUUGAGAGAUGCAAAAAACUAUAAGGGACAAUUUCGUCAAUCAAAAUUCCCAAGUCUUCCCUUUCUCGUCCCUUCCGCAAUCGAACGACGGCUUCUUUUCCUUUUACGUUGCAGUUACACGAAAGAACAGAUCAUAAAUCCACCUGAAAAAAAAAGUUAGUUAAAAAAUGCCGCCGAAGAAGAAGCCUCAACCCCCCGGGCCUCGCCCAAGGCGUUCCCUUAGAACCGCCGCGAGACGCGCAGCCGCCGAAUCUGCUGCUUUAGCAGCAUCAAAGGAAGAUACGGAAAAGGCGCCUGAGGUUGCCGUUCCGCUUUCUGAAUCUGGCUCCGAGACAUGUAGGAUAAACGAGGAAGAUGAUGGAGAAAUGACGACGGUGACUACUGAUUCCGCUCCUGAAAGUGCAGUCUUGGAUUCUCCGAUUGGGACCGAAAGCGCUUCAGCGGAUGCAAAUUGUGGUGACGGAGGAUCUGCAAUUGGAGACGGAAGCACACAAAAGAGGUCGUGUGAGGAGGGAGGCCAAGCUGAUCGGAUUGAGAGAUUGAGUGGGGAUGAGAUUCGAGAGGAGAAAGUGGAGCAGAGUGGUGCUGAGGCGGGAACCCUAGGAACUGCCAUUGGAGACUCUGCUUGUGGAGGAGGGGGAACGAGUCCGAGAGACGAUGUUGUCGCUGAAAGAGUGGAGGCGGAGAAUGGAGUGAUGAAGAAGAAGAAGAAGGUGGUGAAAAUUGUGAGGAAAUUAGUGAAGAAGAGAGUGUCCAAAGGGGUUGAAAAGGGUAUGACUGCUUGUUGGAGCGAAGAAUUGGAGAGACACCAAGUAUUUGGUGAUACUAAUGCUACUUCUCUAAUGGCAGUAGAAAAGCCUAAUUUAGCUGUGGACGGAGCAGAAGAUCCUAAUUCCCUUACUGAUGGUUCUGUGGAAGUCAGAAAAUCUAAUUUAGCUGUUGAUGGAGUCGAAAACCUUAAGUCACAUACAUAUGGCUCAAUGGAAGUCAAAAAACCUAAUAUAGCCGUUGAUGGAGCACAGGAUCCUGCUGAUGAUUCAAUGGAAGUUGAAAAACUUAAUUUGCUUGAGGACAUAGCUGAAAAUAGUAACUCAGCAGCUGAUGGUUCAAUGGAAGGGAAAGAGUGUUCUGUGGCAGAAAUGCCGUUGCAACCUGAGAACAAUGUGAAUGUAGUUGUAAAGCCUACAACUGUAACUGAGGUUCCAGAGGAACGCCCAAACCUAGAUUUAUUAAGUGAAAAUUGUGAGUAUGGUGCUAUGUGUAAGGAGCUGGGUGGUGGAGCUGAGGAGGGAGUAAACGAAGAGGGGGAGAAGGGGGACGAUGUCAAUUUGACUGCGGAAGGUAAGACAGGUACAGUGGGGAUAGCUCUUAGUGGGGAAUUAGAGGCACUGGAGAGGAGGAAGAGGAGGCAAACAGAGAUUUUUAUUGGGGGGCUUGACAAGGACACCAACGAGGAGGAAAUAAGGAAAGUGUUUGAGGAUUCGGGGAAGAUUGUUGAGGUGAGGUUGUUGAUCAAUGGUAAGACAGGGAAGAAUAAGGGUUAUGGGUUUGUGAGGUUUUCUUCUGCAGCUGAUGCUAAGAGGGCAUUGGAGAAACACCCCCGAGUCAAGAUUUGUGGCAAGCAAUGUAGUCCCGCUCCAGUUGAGGGCAAUGACACAUUAUUUCUCGGGAACAUUGACAAGAAGUGGAAGAAUGAAGAUGUUAUCAAAUUGUUGCAAAAUAUAGGAAUUGAGAAGAUAGACAAAGUCACAGUUAUAGCUGAUCCCAAUAAUAUUGAACGAAAUCGUGGUUUUGCGUUCGUGGAACUUGAAAGUAAUAAAGAUGCUCAAAUUGCGUACAAGAUACUUCAAACAAACGACAUGCCAGGGAAGCUUCAGAACAUUAAAGUGGCAUGGGCUGAACCCUUGAGCGAGCCAGAUGAAGAAGAGAUGCUGAAGGUGAAAUCAGUUUAUGUGGAGUACCUUCCUUCCUCAUGGAAUGAGGAGAAAAUAAGAAGCUAUUUUGAAAAGUUUGGGGAGAUUGAAAAUGUAGUGCUUUCCCGUAAUCUACGUUCUUCUAGGAGAAAAGACUUUGCAUUUGUCAAAUUUGCAACCCGUGAGGCAGCUCUUGCAUGCAUAGAGUCAUUUAAUCAGGAAACAUUGAGUGACGAGGGAUCUAAGGUACAUGUUAAGGUAUCUCUUGCAAAACCACAACCGAAAAACAAACUGCACCAGAAAGUCUCCAAGACUAUCAGAACUGAAGUAAUUUCGAAGCAGAAGCCCACAGUAACCCAAUAUGAACCCAGAAACAAGAGCAUAUCUAGUAUUCACCAGAAUAUAAAUACACUAGAUAAUAGAAGGUCUUCUGCUGAAGUCGAACGACUCUUAGCAGAGCGAGCUUCUUUCCGGCAAUUCCAAUCUAGAUUUGAUACAGGCUCUCCCAUUGUAGGUGAUUCUUACUCCUUACCAGGAAGGAAGCGUCCUCCUCCUACAUUCGGAGACAAUUUGUACAAUACAGAACCUAGAGGAUAUCCUCGUAUGCGUUUGGAGAGUUCUUUUCCAGUUGCAAGUCCAAGUUACAGCACAUAUGCCUCUGGUGUUGGAGUGACAUCUCUUUCCCAUCAACAGCAACAAGGCACUGGUUAUAGAUUAGGCUUUGGGCGUCUGGAUUAUGCAAAUGGCUUCCAGAAUGAACAAGCUCCAUACCUUGGUAGAAACAGUCCGCACUAUAGAUACCAACAGCAGCCGUUCAAUACAGAUCGAUGAGAUCAUUUGAACACGUUGAAUGACGGUUAAACUAUCGCUGCUGAAGACUAUCUCGUCUCUUCAGUCGAUCAAGUUACUCAGCAGUCCAGUUUUCCACAUUGUACAGUCCCACAAAUUAUUGUAAAUCAAUGUGUUAAUUGACAUUCUUCAAUGGUUAACCUAUUGUAGUUCUGAUAUAAAUGUUUAUGCCAUACUGAACCACACUGCAUGGCUUUAUACAAUUCAAACCUUCUUUUUCUCCAA